GCAAACUCUCCCUGAAAGCUGAAACCACAACACUGCAAGACUGACGGCGAAGAGUUUAGAGGAAGGCGAAGGCCAGGCAGAGCGAACAACUGAUUUUUCUAGCACUGUUUCGACUUGACGUUGUUUGAUCAGCAGAAUACCACUUUUAUAAUUAUGACAUUGCCGUUUUUUCUGAUUUCAGGAUCUGUUUUAUAUGCAUCUUCGCCGCUGUUUUUUGAAGGUUAACCGAACUUUGAUUGGCAAUGAUUGGACAUUUUUCCAUGAGAUGAGGGAUUUGUGUCAAAACAUCUGUUCCAUAAAACUUUUAGUUCUGCAAAAGGAGACAACACGGACUAUUUGAGCACCUACCUUUGUUUAAGGUAACUGAUAUUUUUCGAUGGAUGAAAGUGGGACAAUUGACACAGAGGAUGACAUCCAUUUCCUUGGAAGCCCCAGGAUAUCUCUUGUCUCUCCGAGAACGCAUAGUUUCAAAGGUUACUCUAAUAGAUUAGCUUAUUUGAAAAUAAUAUUUCAAAAAUUAUGGAAUCUCUAUAUUGCAGCAAACACAAAACCCCUGACAGCACUGUUGCUGCUGCUGGCUGUUAUAGGUGUAAACAUUGCCUUGUUUUUCGUCGCUGUGUUGACACAUCCAGUACAAGUGGAUUAUUCUUUGAGAGCUUUUGAGGUGACUGGACAUCCAGCGUCGAAGAGAUUGGACAGCCUGAUUGCUGCACGAGAAGAUCUGACUAGAGCAGCGAAGGAAGACAGGGCCAAACAUAGCAGAAGAAUCAAGAGAUCGGAAAGCAAUCCUGAGGUUGUUAUUCAUAGUCAGUACAAACAGAAAUGGAGGCUGGAUCUAGUAUAUCUGGCAAAAGAUGACAACAUUUUUACGGAUGAAAAAUUGAAAUAUAUACAUACAAUAGAGAAGAAGCUUAUGCAACACUCAAAGUUUCAAGACUUUUGCUGGAAAGGCAAAGAUGUUUUCAAGGACAAAGCACUUUUGCAAAAUUUAAAAGGAUGCAUGCCUCCGAAUUCCUUGAUUGAUUACUUUUUUCGUACAGAUUUUUUUGAUGGGCAAGGGAAAAGUCUAUCUAAUGUACAAGAAACACUUGAUUAUUUACUUACUAAGCUCACCACUUUCUGGUAUGUUGACGAAGGAUUUGGUGCAGAUAAUCGUAAAAGCAAAUUUCUCAGGUCCCAGAUAAAUUUUGGAAUCCCUCUCAAGGGAUACGAGGACAAUGAUCACAGCUUGGAAGAGCAACAUGAAAUUUUCAGGAAGUUCCUUGUCAAGUUUGUAGAGCAACUGGAAUCAUCCUCAUCAGACGAGGUUACAGUUCUAUAUGGCAGCUCAGAGAUAUAUGAUUAUGAAAUCAAGCAUACAUUUUACCAUGAUGUUAUGUUGGCUGUAAUCAGUUUUGGACUCAUAAUUCUUCUGCUGUUUAUCCUGACAUCAUUUUCCCUUUGGCUGACCAUAUUUGGUGUAUUAACCAUCGUGUUCAGUUUUCCAUUAUCAUAUUUUGUUUACCGUGUCCUGCUUGGAAUAAAUACUGUUGGAAUUUUGACGGGAACCACUGCUUUUGUUAUUAUUGGAAUUGGCGUGGAUGAUGUGUUUGUUUUCAUAAAUGUUUUCAGGCAAGCUACCCAUUUGAAGGACAUCAGGGAACGAAUGAAGCACUUGAUUGCUACAGCAGGCAAAGCUACUUUCUUCACUUCAUUUACGACUGCUGCAGCAUUCGGUGCCAAUGCCUUGACAAAGGUUCCAGCUGUUCAUGACUUCGGCUUGUUUACUUGCAUCCUUGUUAUGUCUUGUUGGCUCAUGGUUGUGCUGUUGAUGCCGCCAGCUCUCUUUCUCUGGCAAAAGUGGUUAAUCAAAUGUGAAAUGUGUUUGUGCCUGAAUAAAUAUUUCCACAGAUUUUCGAAAGAUAAUGACGCAGCCAACCUUAUCAACAAUGACGAACUGGAAUUGAACUCUGCUGCGCGCGAAAUGCAAGAGAUUCGCAGUAGAUUCAAUUCUGUUUCUAAUGAAGAAACCCUGGAUCCUAAUUACGCAUCUUCUUCGAAUGAUACUGCUGUCAAAUGCUGCACGAUAACUGAUCUUUUAACAAGGUUUAUGAUCAAGUUCGUUGCAAAGCCAGUUAUUCGCUUUCGCCACACCGUCCUUGUUUUAUUUUUGGUAGUAACCUCGCUAUCUGUUGUUGCUAUCACUCAUCUUAAAACGGCUUCGGGAAGACCAGAGCUUUUCCCAGCUGAUACAAAUCUGCAAAAGCUGUUAAAUCUUCAGUUUAAUUUCAGCUCCAGCUAUGUUGACUGUACCUCAUGCGCAGGUGGAGUGAAGCGUGUGCAUGAUUCUCCAAAUAUAGCACAACCUGAUAAGUUACAGUCGAGAUUCAGAAGAAACGCUGAUUCUGGAGGUGUUUUUAUAAAUGGAUCGUUAUGGAAAAACGAUUCAAGUGGCUUUAUAAAUGAUCAAUUUUACACAAAUAAUUCAAGGCUAAUGACCACCGUUAAAGCUAUGACCUUUAAGACAACUAACACACUCUCUCGUGUGAAUGAAGAACUGCCCACACCUGUGAAUCUUCGCGACGUCAAAACAACCGAAACUGCUGGUCGUUGGGGGCCAAAUCAUACUCUUACCAGGACAACUGAAAAGGUGAAUAUAUCCGGGAAACCAACUAGAAUGGUCGCCACAGUUCGUGAAGAAUAUGCAACCACAUCUGCUAAACCAAAGGAAAGCCAAGUAACCACUAGUGAGAAUUGGAGCAAGAAGCAGCAUUCCGAUAGCUCAAUACAAAGCAAGGGAAUGACUACGGCAAAACCUGCCAUUUAUAGCAAGACACCGACUCAAAAGCUCCAAACCGUUAGCAAGCAUGUAACAAAAGAACAUCCCCUAAAAAGAACAUUUAGUUCUGAAGCAAGGAAAAAUAUUACAACAGUGGGGAGAAAGGAGAUGACUACAGUUGAGCACCGAACGACGACACCUGUUGUAACGACGCCACCACUGUGUCCUAAACCUUGCACACCCGUUAAAAGGCCCAUUGUGGAUAAAACAGCUAUCGUUUUUCUCGUAUUUGGGAUUAAAGGAGUUGACCAGGGCUCUGUUACUGGAAAGCAUUUCUUUGGAACAAACAGGGGUACCCCAAUUUACGACGAAAAAUUUACCAUGGUUGGGGACCAGCUGCAGGUUGUUGCUACCGGGGCACUCGUCAAAGCAUUCUGUCGAAUAUGCCUUGCCUUUCAAAAUAACACAGCUUUGGUUAGUCCUGGUGGUGCAGAUUGCUUUCCUCGCCAGAUCUAUCGCCAGUUGAAGCUUUUUAAGUACGAAGAAUGUCAGGAAUUGGAAGAACCCCGUUAUGCAAACGGCCGGCCUAGUUUAAGCAUGGUUGGCGUAAUUCACAAUAAAAUCAAAUGGAUGGCAAUGGCUUUUGAGUCGACCACAUACAAAGGAAAGUCAGCAUUCAGCGUAUUUGAAGAUUUCCACAAGUGGGAGAAUUUUACACGGAAAGUCCUAGACGACCCAGAAAUACCUGAAAUGCUGAAAGAUGGGUUUCAGACCAGUGAAACAUGGGUGGAUAUGUUCUCUGAGAUGAUCGCAGUUAAUGGCGCCAUUUACGGAAUUACGCUUUCUUUGAUUAUGUGCCUAGCCGCUGUUGUUAUCUUUACUGGCAAUUUCAAGUUAUCUGCUAUAGUCUUUAUAACGAUUGCAGGAGCUUUGUGCCUUGUUAUAGCAACAUUCUGGGCGGUUGGAUGGACGCUGGGUGCAAUCGAAGCCAUUUCGUUGUCCAUUCUUGUUGGCACUUCAGUUGACUACACAGUUCAUUUGACUGAAGGCUACAUCAUGGCCACUAAGAUUGCAGAUUUCGAUGGUUUGACAAAUAGGGAGGUGCGAAGUGAACACUCGCGAAUGGCUUUGAAUCAUAUAGGAGUAUCAAUAUUAAGUUCUGCAGUAACAACACUGAUCGCAGCCAUUCCACUCUGCUUGACAAAGAUCCGCUUGUUUUCCAAGUUUGGAGAGAUCUUGGCUAUCAACACCACCAUGUCAAUUGUUUAUACAUUGACAAUUUGUGUAAGCUUACUUAGCAUUAUGGGACCUACACGAUUCAGAGGCUCGAUGAAAUCCCACUUUGUUGCAUUCCUAGCUGUUGGUCUUGUUGUUGGCCUCGUUGCCCUUACCCUAUAUCUUCUUAAUGCCUACGCUGGAGUCAGUGUCCCUGGACCCACUGGUGGCCAACUUUUCCAGUAGAGUUCAUUGUAAUUCCCUCUCCUUUAUGAUGUAAUUUGCUUCAAAUUUGAUAGGUUUAUCCGUUUAUUCUCAUUAAUUUCCAAAUGAGCUUGAUCAAAAAGGAAAAAGACACAACUGUUCUGAUUUUCCUAUUAUGGUUUUUGAACUUUCCUUCUAGAUGUGUCUUUUCAUCUUUAUCCUUGCUAUUCCCGCGAUGAUUUAUGAAUUCUCGAUAAAGCUUCUAUUCUUUUUGACAGAUAAUUAUGUUGGAAUCAUCCCGAUAAAUCGGUGACUCUUUCAGCGUGUUUACUUGAAUGCUCGUAUGUGUGCUUGUUGUGUGCAAAAUGUGUGCUAUAGCAUUGUUCCCAAACCUAUUUACUUGCACGGUCUGUCGUCGAAGAGAGGGGCUAAAAGUAAACUGGUUUUAUCAGCCCAUAUUUGUUUCAAAAUGUGUCUGCUCCUUCACAUUACAACUCAUUUAAGUUCAAUUUUGGCCUGCUUCGUCAAAACCCCUCUCAUCAUUUGUAAUAAAGUGGAAACGUCAAAAUCUUCACCAUCUCUACAUAUUAUCCAUUUCCUUUCAAAAUUGCCAAUUCAGCAAUUCAAGUAACAUGAAGUAGCCUGUAUUUAUUCUGUACUUAUGAUAAUCCAAGCGUGGUAAUUAUUACCAAGUCAAAUUGUAUUAGCUGCCUUAGGUUAUCGCUUAAUGCAUAUUAUAUAUAAAGAAUUUUUAACCUUAAUUAUAAAAAAGAAUUGUUGCUCAUGGUAGUAAGAUAUGUAAACAAUCUUAAUUAAUACAAGAAAAAAUCAAAAUAGAAGAAUCUUUUUUAAUUUUAAUCACAAAUUAAACAUUUAUAUUUAGCCUGUAUUGAUUUCUAUUAUUUCAAACGUUCGUAACCUUUUAAAUGUGAUAGUUGGCUAAGGAAUUUGGCGCCGCUGCAUUAAGCGCCGAACAUCGUUGAACAUUCUGCUAGACAUCGCCUGAACAUCUUGAACAUCCAUUACGUCCAAAGGCUCUUAACUGAACACCACUGAGCGUCCCUGAACAUUUGUGUCCAGUGCUGUUCAGUGAAAGUUGAACGAUGUUUAGGGAUAUUCAGCAAAGUUCGAAAGACUUAAAAAAUGUCCACUGGCUCGACAAAACAUGUCAUUAUUCGUGGUUUUGUUCAACUUAUUUUGAAAGCGUUUAUACCACCCAGUUCAUUCUGCCUAUGCAUCCUUCAAAUCUUCUUGACGGCUGAUUGAUUGACGAAGUAUCGAGGUAUUGUCCACAGUGUUUUAAGUUUAAACAAUUUUAUCUCUUAGCCAUUAUCUUUCUAGCCUAAUAUUGCGUCAAUUGUGAUUUGUUAGUAGUUUGCAUUUAAUCAUGCUUUUUCUAACUAAAAGCGAAAGUUAUCGAAAACUAUUGGUUUCCUAAUUUUCUACUUAAAUUGAUUUACUCAUUAUCAAGAUCAUUUCUCGUGCUAUUUGAUUGUUCCUGUAAUCUUAUGUUUUUUCUUGCCAACUCUUUAUCUAAGGUCACUAAAAUAAUAUUUUUAAACCUUUUAUUCUCGCGUUAUUGGAUACAUAUAAUAAUUAUAGCAUUACUGUGUGCUAAAUUAAAGUAUCAAAAAAAUGCAACUUCAUUGACAUUUAAAUUGUGUUAGAUACACUCUUUCUUUAUAAGACAAAGUAAAUUGAAGUUCAGACUGGCUGUUCUCAAUUUUGUCGAAAAUCUGAAGCUGGAUUGUUUUUAAUUUGUUCUUAGACCAUUAUGGUGUAAGCAGUGCGAUUGCUAGCUUUUUGGCUCUAGGGAGGUGUUCAAAGAGAGUAAGACAUCCUUUAUUUGCCGACAAGAUUGAAAGCACCUCUAGAUGGCAGAAAACUUCUGGUUUUAGGAUAAAACAUUUUUCAAAACUAUUAAGAUGAAACUUUCUCACAGGAAACUUCAAUUACGAAUUAACCACUCCAAAAAACCCACUAGUAGGCAAAGACAUACCAACUAGUAGGCAAUAGUACUUCCAUCCCGCUGUUGAAGGAUGUUUAUUCACUAAUGGCAGUAGGUUCUUGUCCCUCCAUAUAAAACAAGACUUGACCUCCUCCAGAUGAAUUCGCUUGAACAAUAAGCAUCAAGGACAAGAACAUUGUUUGAAAGAUAAAACACAACCUGAAAUGAAACCCUGUUUUAGUAUUGUUUCAAAAAGAUCUAAAAUACUAUAGGUAGAGGUUAUAAAAUUUGUAUUGCGCAUUUCCCUUUGCCAAAACAAAUGGCUCAACCAUACAUCUUACCAGUAUCAUCUAAUAUCUAUCUGAAAUAGUAAAUCCAUCUUCAAGUUUUUAGGUGCUGCAAAAUAGGGUCAUUACUGCCAUACAAAAUUAAACUAGGGGUAGAUUUCUAGGAUUAAGCUCUAAUCGAGUAUACAAGUGUUCUCAAAUCCAUCGCAAAGCCUCUGCACCAAGUGCUACAUUUGGUGCAACUAUCAAAUUGCCAGGGCGCUAAUAUUUCAUAGACUUCAUAUAGCCGCAGUUUCCCCUAAA